CGCGCUCCGGCUUGGGAUAGGAGAAGAGCGUCAACAGAUCUCCCAGGCCUGCCACUCCCAGUGGUCCGGACCCAGAUUCGGACCCCGGAAAGGAGCCCCGCUCUUCUUGGACAGUCGGGUCACGUGGCUCGCAGCACCCCCACGAGCUGGUCACGUGACAGCGGCGCGGUUGCCUUAGUAGCGGCGGGGGCAGGGCAGAGGCGGGGCCGUGGGGACCCCGCGCGCCAGGCGGAAGGAGGGAGGGGGCUGCGCUCUGCGCCCCGGCCGGGCCACACGGCCACGGGGUCGCAUCAUCGCCUGCUGUGAGCCCCCAGCUGAAGCCCGGUGCAGCAACUAGCGCAGCUCCGGUGAGCGCUCCGAGCAGAUGCGCCCACCCCUCCCUCGGCCGCAGAGAAGCAGCCUGGCUCCCACCAUGAGCGCGGAGCUCAACGUGCCCGUGGACCCCUCCACCCCCGCCUGCCCUGAGCCUGGCCAUAAGGGCAUGGAUUACCGGGACUGGGUCCGCCGCAGCUACCUGGAACUGGUCACCUCCAACCACCACUCGGUGCAGGCCCUGUCCUGGAGGAAGCUGUACCUGAGCAGGGCCAAGCUGAAGGCCUCCAGCCGGACCUCAGCCCUCCUUUCUGGGUUCGCCAUGGUGGCCAUGGUGGAGGUGCAGCUGGAGACGCAGUACCAGUACCCACGGCCGCUGCUCAUCGCCUUCAGUGCCUGCACCACAGUGCUGGUGGCCGUGCACCUGUUCGCCCUCCUCAUCAGCACCUGCAUCCUGCCCAAUGUGGAGGCCGUGAGCAACAUCCACAACCUCAACUCCAUCAGCGAAUCUCCGCAUGAGCGCAUGCACCCCUACAUUGAGCUGGCCUGGGGCUUCUCCACUGUGCUUGGCAUCCUGCUCUUCCUGGCUGAGGUGGUACUGCUCUGCUGGAUCAAGUUCCUCCCUGUAGAUGCCAGGCACCAACCCGGCCCUGCGCCCAGCAGCCACACGGGUUGGCAGGCUGCCCUGGUGUCCACCAUCAUCAUGGUGCCUGUGGGCCUCAUCUUCGUGGUCUUCACCAUCCACUUCUACCGCUCGCUGGUGCGCCACAAGACGGAGCGCCACAACCGUGAGAUUGAGGAGCUACAUAAGCUCAAGGUGCAGCUGGAUGGACAGGAGCGCAGCCUGCAGGUAGUAUGAGGGCCUGGGCGCCGUCCAGGAAGGCAGAUGGCAUGGCAGGCUGCUUAGACACUGCCAGACGGUUCAAGGCCAAAGUUUCCUCCUGUCAUAGUGCCAUAAUAACCUGGAUGCUGGUCCCCGGGACCAUGGAGCUUCAGUGAUUGGGGGUUCUGUGGCCAAGAGCCACCUCCUGGCCCUGGCACUUCCUGGGUUGGGGGCAAGCCCAAGAGGCCCUGUCCCAGGAAGGGCUCCAGGCAGCACCAGUGUUCAAGGGGGAUCUGAGAGUGCCGGCCCCUGUGGCCUGGAACCAGGGCUGUGAGUUCAAGGUUUUGCAGCCAGCAUGCAGAACUGGGCUUCGUGGCGGCCUGCUGGGUCACAAGCCCAUGUGACUAGCAGGGCUGCCGGUGUGGUUGGUGCUUUCCUCCCAUCCCUAGAGGGAGCUGGGCCACCUGGCUUGUGGAAGGAAGGCAGGAGCCUGGGGCACAGUGAGCUGGAGAGCGUGGUGGGUGCUGUGGUGUACAUUGGAGCUGUCAGGUCCUGGGGGAGGUUUCCUGGGAGGGAGCCUGGCCAAGGCUGAGGCGGCUUAGUUGAAGGGUGCUUGGAAGCACACUAGGCUCAGAUCCACCUCUGCAGCCAGCCUGGAGGCCGGGCCACACUGCCUCACCAAGCCACCAGGUGGGGAAGUGACCACAGUCCAAGGUGUCCUCUUCUGAGCCUAAGUCUCCACCCCACCGGGCUACGUGAACAGCAGGACAGGACAGCAGCACGGACACCAGGCCCAGCCCAGCUCCCUGCUGCCUGUGGUCCCUGGUGUCAAGAGGGAACAGCUUCCUGUCUCAACAUAGCUAGUGACCAGGCCCACAGGUAGUGGGGCCAGGGGCCAGUGUGGGAAAAUGCUCAUCGUGACACGGAGCACCACAGGGUCCCCCACCCACGUUUACACAGCCGUGCAGCAGGGCUCUGGCGCUGUCACUCAGCAUCUGGCAGACCUGAGGCUCUGUGGGAGUGUGCUGCUUCAAGACCGUGUUUACCCCAUUUUCCAGACGUCACCUGGAGGGAUGCCUUGUCUUUCGUUCUGUAUAUAAAGUCACGUCAGUUCUUUGUGCUCUA